AUGGAUAUGGUGAUGAAGUUGGGAGCAUCAAGCGCGGUGGUGAUUUUCACAAAGAGUAGUUGCUGCAUUUCCCAUACCAUCGAGACCUUAAUCCGUAGUUUUGAAGAAAACCCUACAGUUUACGAGCUCGAUACACAUUCAAAUGGGAAGCAAAUGGAGAAGGCAUUGAUGGAACUAGGGUGUCAACCAAGUGUGCCAACAAUAUUUAUAGGGAAAGAGUUAGUUGGUGGUGCAAAUGAGAUAAUGAGUCUUAAUGUGAGGGGUAAGCUUAAACAAUUGCUCAUUAGGGCUAAUGCCAUUUGGGUAUAG